AAAGCACUUCUCAGCUUUGUGUGAUUUGAAGAAACUUCAGAAGCUUUGGAUUAUUGGACCUUUGAGUUGCAGUUUUGAAUUACUUGGAGAAUAUGGGGAAGACGAUUCAGAUUUCUGGGUUCCCUACUGAUGUCACUGCAGAAGCAGUUAAGGAAUUUUUAGAGCGUUAUACUGGAAAUGGAACUGUUUAUGCACUGAAAAUCAGGAUCCAGAAUCCAAGAUCAAAUAGGCGGAAUUUUGCUUUUGCUACUGUGCAAUUUACAACUGCUGGAAGUGCUGAAAUUAUAACCUCCUUGGUAAAUCGGCCCUUGCAACUGUAUUAUGGAACUACUUAUUUGAAGGUUUGGGAUGUGGAACGUGAUAUAGUACCCAGGCCAAGGCCCUCAAUUCUCACUUUGGAGCAUACAAAACUGCAUUUUGGCUGUCAGGUUUCAGGUGAUCAAUUCUAUGUUCUCUGGUCAGGGCAGGAUGUUAUGGUGAACUUUGGUUUUGAGCUGCGGAAGAUAUACUUCUUCUUGUCUUAUGGCGGAGUAGAAUAUAAGCUUGAACUCUCUUAUGAGAACAUCUGGCAAAUCCAGCUUCGUCGUCCUAGUAGACAAAAUACAAACAAGUUUCUCCUAAUUCAGGUGCUUGGAGUUCCUCUGAUCUAUGAGAAAGCUGUACUCUCUUCAGCGUUUCCAUAUGAAGAUCCUGUUUUAAACUAUGUUAAGGAUUCUUCAAAUGAUCAGUGGGAUAGAGCAACAGAUUUCACUCCCUCAUGUUGUAUUGGGCAAUCUUCCGCCUUGUGCUUGGAACUUGAUUACAGCUGUGCGCUUCUGGAUUUCAAGGAACAUUUUGUCUACUAUAAAGAAGAUGAAGGUCAGUUCAUUUUGAAGAGUGGAUCAGCUUUCUCUCGUAAUUUGGAUUUAGUCCCCAUCGUUGGCCCUCCUGAUGUUCCUGAGUUGCAGAGAUUUCCAUACGAAAUUCUCUUUAAGGUGUGUUACUUGGUUCAGAAUGGGUGCCUUGCAGGGCCAACACUUGAUGUCAAUUUUUUCAAGUUGGUUCAUCCUGCAUUUUUUCCAGUUAAGUACAUAGAGCUUGCCCUGGAGAAGCUGUAUCAUUUAAAAGAGUGCUGCUAUGAACCUGUGAAGUGGCUGCAUGAGCAAUAUGGUAAAUACCGUAGAUCCAAUCGUCUGCCUAAUUCUCCUUCUAUUUCCUUAGAUACUGGCUUGGUAUAUGUACGCAGAGUUCAAAUAACCCCUAGUAAAGUGUAUUUUUGUGGUCCGGAGGUUAAUGUAUCGAAUCGUGUGCUACGCAACUACACUAACUAUGUUGAUAAUUUUAUUCGGGUAUCUUUUGUUGAUGAGGAUUUUGAUCAAAUGCAUGCAACCGAUUUAUCUCCACGUACGACUGAAGAAAGGCGUACUGGAAUUUAUAAAAGAAUUCUUUCUACAUUAAGAAAUGGCCUGGUUAUUGGAGAAAAGAGAUUCGAUUUUCUUGCCUUUUCAUCGAGUCAGUUACGUGAUAAUUCCACAUGGAUGUUUGCGGAAACAGACGAUGGGCUUACAGCAGCAAGGAUAAGAGAUUGGAUGGGUGAUUUUCGUGGGAUAAGAAACGUGGCAAAGUAUGCUGCUAGAUUGGGCCAAUCUUUCAGCUCUUCCACAGAAACUCUUACCGUUUUUAAGCAUGAAGUUGAGAGUAUCCGUGACAUAGAGCUGGAAAGAGGACAGAUAAAAUAUGUUUUCUCAGAUGGGAUUGGAAAAAUUUCUGCUGAUUUUGCUGAUAGAGUUGCAGAAAAAUGUGGCUUAAAAGGUUCUCCUUCUGCCUUUCAAAUAAGAUAUGGUGGCUACAAGGGUGUUGUGGCUGUAGACCCUACAUCAACAAUGAAAUUAUCCUUGAGGAAGAGCAUGUGUAAGUAUGAAUCAGAAAAUAUAAAACUAGAUGUUCUUGCAUGGAGCAAGUAUCAACCUUGCUUCCUCAAUCGUCAGAUAAUUACUCUUUUGUCAACACUUGGUGUGAGAGAUCAUAUUUUUCAAGAGAAGCAAAAACAGGCUGUAAACGAACUGGAUGCUAUUCUAACUGAUUCAUUGAGGGCACAGGAAGCACUUGAGCUGAUGUCUCCAGGUGAAAGCAGUAAUGUUCUCAAGGAAAUGUUGAUGUGUGGUUAUGAGCCUCAUGCUGAACCAUUCCUUUCGGUGAUGUUACAAACAUUCCGGGCAGCAAAGCUGCACGAGCUGCGGACAAAGACAAGGAUAUUUCUUCCAAAUGGAAGAUCACUGAUGGGAUGUCUGGAUGAAACUCGAACCUUGGAAUAUGGGCAAGUAUUUGUUCAAGUUUCUAGUAUUGGGCGCAUGUUUGGCGGAAAUAAGUUGGGCCAGAAAAAAAUUAUUAAGGAAACGGUAGUUGUUGCUAAAAACCCAUGCUUGCAUCCUGGCGAUGUGCGUGUUUUGCAAGCCAUUGAUGUCCCGGCAUUGAAUCAUAUGGUCGAUUGCGUAGUUUUUCCACAAAAAGGAGAAAGGCCACACCCAAACGAAUGUUCAGGAAGUGAUUUAGAUGGAGAUAUAUACUUUGUAAGUUGGGACCCUUCAGUUAUUCCACCUCGUCAAAUCCAACCCAUGGAGUAUGUUCCAGCAAAAACUAUUUCCCUGGACCACGACGUUAUGAUUGAGCAAGUUGAGGAGUACUUCACGAACUACAUAGUCAAUGAAAGCCUUGGAAUCAUUGCAAAUGCUCACACAGUAUGGGCUGACAAGGAACCUGACAUGGCAGAAAGCGAUAACUGUAUAGAGCUUGCAAGGCUUUUCUCAAUUGCUGUCGAUUUCCCAAAGACUGGUGUACCAGCUGAAAUUCCAGAUCAUCUACAUGUCAGGGUAUAUCCAGAUUUCAUGGGAAAGCCUGACAAGCCAACCUACGAAUCUCAGAAAGUGAUUGGAAAACUGUACAGAGAGAUAAUCGACAAAGCAUCACACACAUCCUUUUCAAAAUUUACUCAGGUGGUGGCAAUGAGAUCUUAUGACACUGACAUGGAGUUUGAUGGCUUUGAGGAUUACAUUGAUGAUGCUUAUUAUUACAAAGGUGAGUACGAUUUUAAGUUGGGAAACCUGAUGGAUUAUUACGGGAUCAAAACCGAGACAGAGAUCCUCAGUGGGAGUAUCAUGAAGAUGGCAAAAUCAUUCACAAAGAAACGGGAUGCAGAGGCAAUCGGAUUGGCAGUUAGGUCUUUAAAGAAGGAGGCAAGGAAAUGGUUUAAUGAUGGACUAGGGCCAGGCUCACCAUCCGACAAGGCAUAUGCCAAGGCAUCAGCUUGGUAUCAUGUAACAUAUCAUCCUGAUUACUGGGGAUGUUACAAUGAGGGAAUGAAACGGGACCAUUACCUGAGUUUUCCAUGGUGUGUCUAUGAUAAGCUGAUAAAGAUCAAGAAGGACAAAAGCAGUAUCAGAUUGUCACUGUUGGAUAUCAGAAGGUCACUUGCAGAUGGUUUGAGGCUUAGUUGAAAGCAUGGUACGCUUAAAUUAAAUUUAUGAUGUUGAUUGUAUUGCUGUAUGUUUGGAUUGGUAGAAACUAUUUAAGUUUGUAAAUAGGUAAGACUUGACUGAACUGUGCUGAAUGUGAUGUAAAUAGGAAGGCUUGGCCCAAACUGCUGAAUAUUGUGUUUCUAGUUGCUCGUACUACUACUAUAAAUAUAUGAAUCGCGUGUUUGCACCA